AUGAGGGCUCUGGCGUUUGUAGUCACUGUCUGCCUGCUUCAGGGAGGACUCGCGUUUUAUUUACCAGGAUUGGCAUCGGUUACUUACUGUUCAGACAACAAAAAUAAUGCAAAUUGUAAGUCAGAUCUUAUGGUGUACGUGAAUCGCUUAAACACAGUGGAGAACAUUGUCCCGUAUGAGUAUCAUGACUUUGACUUCUGCGUGCCAGAUAAAGAUGUUGCCAAUUCACCGACAGAGAAUCUUGGCCAGGUUGUCUUUGGUGAGAGGAUUAGGCCUUCUCUCUAUCAGCUGAAGUUUGCAGAAAAUGCAGCGUGCAAGGUGGUCUGUGAGAAGACAUACAAGCCUGGAGACAAAAGCCAGCUGGAGAAACUGACUUUCUUGAAGAGAGGCAUCAGCCUCAACUACCAGCAUCACUGGAUUGUGGACAACAUGCCCAUCACAUGGUGCUACAAGGUGGAGAGUGGGGACAAGUUCUGCUCCACUGGGUUCCCUGUGGGCUGCUACGUCACCAAGCUGGGCAAGAGGAAGGACACCUGUGUCACACUGGCUGAUUUCAAGACUCCAAACACGUACUAUUUAUACAACCAUGUUGACAUUGUCAUCGAGUAUCAUCCUUUAAGCCAGGAUGAUUUGGGACAACAGCACACUGGCGUUGGAGGACGGAUUGUGGCCGCAAAGUUGACCCCAAGGAGCAUCGACAACGGAAAUAAGAAGAAUGAAGAGUCGUGUGGCAGCAACCUUCCAGUUCUGGGGGUUCCAGGAGACUUAUCUAAUGAAAUCAAAUUCAAAUACACAUACAGUGUGACGUGGAAGGAGAACGUCAACAUCAAGUGGACCUCUCGCUGGGACUACAUCUUGGAAUCUAUGCCCCACACAAACAUCCAGUGGUUUAGCAUCAUGAACUCUCUGGUGAUCGUCGUCUUCCUCUCUGGGAUGGUGGCCAUGAUCAUGCUGCGGACACUGCACAAGGACAUCGCUCGAUACAACCAGAUGGACAGCAUGGAGGAUGCCCAAGAGGAGUUUGGCUGGAAGCUGGUUCAUGGGGACGUGUUCAGACCCCCCAGAAAGGGAAUGUUUCUGUCCGUACUUGUUGGCAACGGUGCUCAGUUGUUUUUCAUGACUUUGAUAACUUUAGUGUUUGCUUGCUUGGGAUUUUUGUCUCCGGCCAAUAGAGGUGCUUUGAUGACUUGUGCCUUGGUGCUGUAUGUCUGCCUGGGGACUCCAGCUGGCUACGUGUCAGCAAGGAUGUACAAAACUUUUGGUGGAGAGAAAUGGAAGUCGAAUGUGAUUCUGACAGCAUUUUUCUGCCCUGGCGUGGUGUUUGGCAUUUUCUUUUUCCUGAACCUGGUGCUGUGGAGUUACGGAAGCUCGGCUGCGAUCCCCUUCACCACCCUACUAGCCCUGCUAGCGCUGUGGUUUGGUAUCUCUGUGCCUCUGGCCUUCAUUGGGGCUUACUUCGGCUUUAGGAAACGGCCCAUUGAGCAUCCUACUCGCACCAACCAGAUCCCACGCCAGAUCCCGGAUCAGUCGCUGUACACCCGCCCCCUGCCGGGCAUCAUCAUGGGAGGGGUGCUGCCCUUCGGAUGUAUCUUCAUCCAGCUUUUCUUCAUUCUCAACAGCAUCUGGUCUCACCAGACUUAUUACAUGUUUGGCUUCUUGUUCCUGGUGUUCAUCAUCUUGAUCAUCACCUGCAGUGAAGCCACCAUUCUCCUGUGCUACUUCCACUUAUGUGCAGAGGACUACCACUGGUGGUGGAGGUCGUUUCUCACAAGUGGCUUCACAGCCAUCUACUUCUUCUUCUACUGCAUCCACUACUUCUUCACCAAGCUGGAGAUGAGUGGCUUCACCAACACCUUCCUCUACUUCGGCUACACCACCAUCAUCGUUUUCUUGUUCUUCAUUGUUACAGGAACCAUCGGAUUCUUUGCCUGUUUCUGGUUCGUGUCCAAGAUCUACAGUGUUGUCAAAGUCGACUAG